GACCACACAAGCAUUGCCUUCGCUGAGUUAGCUGCGAAGGAGAAGAACAGACAGAGAUAUAACACAUUCGGACUUUCGUCGAUCUCCAUUGAUCUUCUUACGGUGUCUUACACUAGCUGGUUAAGUCGGUUGCUCGUGUGGUCAGGAUGGCAGCGCUCUUCUCCAUGGUUCACCCGUGGGCCUCUGUCUUUGGCAUCCUAGGGAACAUCAUCUCCUUCCUGGUGUUCCUCGCCCCGAUGCCGACGUUCCUUCGGGUAUACCGUAAGAAGUCGACGGAGGGGUUCAGCUCGGUGCCGUACGUGGUGGCGCUCUUCAGCUGCGCGCUGUGGAUCCUGUACGGGCUUGUCAAGACAAACUCCAGCCCGCUGCUGACCAUCAACGCCUUCGGCUGCGUGGUGGAGUCCGCCUACAUCCUCAUGUACCUGAUCUACGCGCCCAAGGCCGCCAGGCUCCGCACCCUCGCCUCCUUCCUCCUCCUCAACGUCGCCGCCUUCUCCCUCAUCGUCGCCGUCACCGUCUUCCUCGUGCCGCAGCCCAACCGCGUCAAGGUUCUUGGGAGUGUCUGCCUCGCCUUCUCCAUGGCCGUCUUCGUCGCGCCCCUCAGCGUCAUCUUCGUGGUGAUCAAGACCAAGAGCGCCGAGUACAUGCCCUUCUCCCUCUCCUUCUUCCUGACCCUCAGCGCCGUCGCAUGGUUCUUCUACGGCCUCUUCACCAAGGACAUCUACGUCACCCUCCCCAACGUCGGCGGCUUCUUCUUCGGGAUCGCCCAGAUGACGCUCUACUUCUGCUACCGGAAGCCCGGCACGUCGGCGCUGGUCCUGCCGACGUCCAUCGAUGACGCGGCCGACACGGCGGCAGCGGCGGAGGAAGCGGCGGAUCAGGCGGUGGCCGAGGCGUCGGCGAGCAGCCACCCGGCAGUGGCGAUGCUCACGGUGAGCACGCUGCCGGUGCUGGCGGAGCUGCAGAAGAUGGAGCUGGAGAUCGGGACGCCCACCCCGCGCAGGGGCUACAUCAAGGCAUUCUGACUACCCAACCGUGCGUGCAGCGCACGCAUGCAGGACAUUACUCACCACUACUGAUGAUCGGCAACUCGGCGACCAAUAACAAUACGUAUAUGUUGUGCUCACCCUAGCUGCGUUAAUUCCAGUUCAGUCGUUUGUUCUUGAUAUAUUGGGACGUUUACAUUCGUGUGUUGUCGUCGAAGGUGGGGUAUGCAAUAUCUACCUACCAAUCUAAGUGCCCUGGUUAAUAAACUGAUUAACAGAA